CUAAUAACUCCACUUUCUGCUCUACAUUCAGAUGUUUUCAAGAGUGCACUGAAACUUGGGACAUUUCACGCAAUUAUUGUGACAUACGCGGCAAGUGCUCUGCUACAUGGUCUCAGUUUUCACCUGGCUGCAGUGUUGCUGUCUUUGGGCUUCAUAACAUAUGUGGAACAUGUUCUAAGGAAGAGGUUGGCUGAGAUCUUCAGUGCCUGUAUCCGGUCCAAAGUAUGUCCUCCACAUUGCAAUCACCGGAACAAAAAGGGUCCCUUUGUGUUUGUGAUUAAUCUCCUGUUUGCAGCGCUUGCUAUACUUCAGCUCACGUACCUGGGAUCUCUGUUUGAUACAGAGACAGAUGAUAUAACUGAAGAAGAGGGUUAUGGAAUGUCCCAUACAAUAUACAAAUGGUCAGAGCUGAGCUGGACUGGACACUGGCUGACGUUUGGGUGCUGGGUGUUUUACCGUCUUAUUCGUUGAGGGACAGGAUGUGCCUCGUCAACCUUUCAUAGGUUUAUAAGCGUCAGUUCAUGAGAAGUUUAUCUGCUGAGCUUUCAUAGGAUCCUGUCCUCAGCUGAGCAAGUACUCCAUACUCUAGUGUUUUGCCUCCCGUGGAUGAGCAGGUACUCGCUGCUCCUGGAACUUUCAUCUCCGUAUUACGUUGUUUACACCUGAGGCUCCAGCCUAAAUCUGAGCAUUUCAAUGACAUAUUCUGGUUACAAGCAACAGUUUCAUAUUUUUCUUUUAUUUUGUUCUAAUUGCUGUAUAUUUUCAUUGCUAUAAAAGGCCAAAUGCCAUAAUGUAUUAACAAGGGCUGGAAUGUAAAAAACAAACAAACCAUUUACUCCUUGUAUUAUGUUAUGUGUGAGACCACAAAUAUUAAACCCAUCUAUGGUUUUUGGAGCUGCUGCAAUCCCUGCACAAAGAUGCCCUUAGCUAACCGUGAUCUUCAAUCUCUCUUAAAGGGACAGUCAAGUCCAAAAAAAACUUUCAUGAUUCAAAUAGGGCAUGUAAUUUUAAACAACUUUCCAAUUUACUUUUAUCACAAAUUUUGCUUUGUUCUCUUGGUAUUCUUAGUUGAAAGCUAAACCUAGGCGGCUCAUGUGUUAAUUUCUUAGACCUUGAAGGCCGCCUCUAAUCUAAAUACAUUUUGACAGUUUUUCACCACUAGAGGGUGUUAGUUCAUGUGUUUCAUAUAGAUAACAUUGAGCUCAUGCACGUGAAUUUACAGAGGAGUGAGCACUGAUUGGCUAAAAUGCAAGUCUGUCAAAAAAAACUGAAAUAAGGGGGCAGUCUGCAGAGGUUUAGAUACAAGGUAAUCACAGAGGUAAAAUGUGUAUAUAACUGUGUUGGUUAUGCAAAACUGGGGAAUGGGGAUUAUCUAUCUUUUAAAACAACAAACAUUCUGGUGUUGACUGUCUCUUUAAAGUCUGACUGUAGCUGUGUGCACAUUCCCAUGAAGUAGGCACUCAGCUAAGGGAGAAUUGUCUCGGCUCAGGUAUUAUGGCCCCAGUUGAGCAUGUCCUCAGUUGAACUUUCAUUAGCAAGAAGCAUGCCCUCAGCUGAGAUCUAAGUGGCAGGAGGCCUCUUAGCUAAGCUCAUGUUCCCAGGAAGUAUGCCCUUGCUGAGCUCACAUUUGUAGGAAUUACAUCACCAGCUGACCUCAAGUUGUCACAAAGGGUGCUGUCAGAUGAACUCUUUGUAGAAACUUAGCUGAAUACACAUUCUCAAGAAACAUUACCAGGAAACAUGCUCUCAGCUGAGCUUGCAAUCCUAGGAAACCGUGCCCUCAGCUAAGCUCAAACCCCCAGGGAGCGUGCCCUCAGCUAAGCUCAAACCCCCAGGAAGCGUGCCCCCAGCUAAGCUCACAUCCCCAGGGAGCGUGCCCUCAGCUAAGCUCACACCCCCAGGAAGCGUGCCCUCGGUUAAGCUCACAUCCCCAGGAAGCGUGCCCUCGGUUAAGCUCACAUCCCCAGGAAGCGUGCCCUCGGUUAAGCUCACAUCCCCAGGAAGCGUGCCCUCGGUUAAGCUCACAUCCCCAGGAAGCGUGCCCUCGGUUAAGCUCACAUCCCCAGGGAGCGUGCCCUCGGCUAAGCUCACAUCCCCAGGGAGCAUGCCCUCGGCUAAGCUCACAUCCCCAGGGAGCGUGCCCUCGGCUAAGCUCACAUCCCCAGGGGGCGGGCCCUCGGCUAAGCUCACAUGCCCAGGGAGCAUGCCCUCGGCUAAGCUCACAUGCCCAGGGAGCAUGCCCUCGGCUAAGCUCACAUCCCCAGGGAGCGUGCCCUCGGCUAAGCUCACAUCCCUAGGGAGCGUGCCCUCGGCUAAGCUCACAUGCCCAGGGGGCGGGCCCUCGGCUAAGCUCACAUGCCCAGGGAGCAUGCCCUCAGCUAAGUUCACAUCCCAAAGAAGCGUGCCCUCAACUAAGCUCACAUCCCAAGGGAGCAUGCCCUCGGCUAAGCUCACAUCCCCAGGGGGCGGGCCCUCGGCUAAGCUCACAUCCCCAGGGAGCGUGCCCUCGGCUAAGCUCACAUCCUCAGGGAGCGUGCCCUCGGCUAAGCUCACAUCCCCAGGGAGCGUGCCCUCGGCUAAGCUCACAUCCCCAGGGAGCGUGCCCUCGGCUAAGCUCACAUCCCCAGGGAGCGUGCCCUCGGCUAAGCUCACAUCCCCAGGGGGCGUGCCCUCGGCUAAGCUCACAUCCCCAGGGGGCGUGCCCUCGGCUAAGCUCACAUCCCCAGGGGGCGUGCCCUCGGCUAAGCUCACAUCCCCAGGGGGCGUGCCCUCGGCUAAGCUCACAUCCCCAGGGGGCGUGCCCUCGUCUAAGCUCACAUCCCCAGGGGGCGUGCCCUCGUCUAAGCUCACAUCCCCAAGGGGCCUGCCCUCGGCUACGCUCACAUCCCCAGGGGGCGUGCCCUCGGCUACGCUCACAUCCCCAGGGGGCGUGCCCUCGGCUAAGCUCACAUCCCCAGGGGGCGUGCCCUCGGCUAAGCUCACAUCCCCAGGGAGCGUGCCCUCGGCUAAGCUCACAUCCCCAGGGAGCGGGCCCUCGGCUAAGCUCACAUCCCCACGGAGCGGGCCCUCGGCUAAGCUCACAUCCCCAGGGAGCGGGCCCUCGGCUAAGCUCACAUCCCCAGGGAGCGUGCCCUCGGCUAAGCUCAUUACCAUAGUUACCUUAUCAGAUGCACUCAUUUCUCCUGGGCUUACUACCUCCUAAUUGUUUCAAAAUGUUAUUGUGCUGCUCAUGUUCUAAGCUGCAAGCCACAGGCACGACUGUUCAUGUUAAGAGAUCCGGCCCUUCUCUGAUGGUACUAACAAUAAAGCUCUGUUUUGUAA